UGUUUUCGACAUGAAUUUGGGUAAUGGAGACAGGGGUGCGACCGCUAGCGAGCUCCUCCAAGCUCAAGCCCUCAUAUGGAACCACACAUAUAGCUUCAUCAAAUCAGUGUGCCUAAAGUGGGCCAUUGAACUAGCCAUACCCGACAUAAUCCAUCACCAUGGCCGACCCAUGACCCUCCAGGAACUCGUCUCCGCGCUCCAUGUUCAACCCACCAAAGCUCACUGCAUCCGUCGCCUCAUGCGCAUUCUCGUCCACUCCGGCUUGUUCGGGCUGCGGGACCUUGAAGAAGCAGAUGACCAAACGGGUUAUGUGCUUACCUGCGUGUCCCGGCUUCUCGUAAAGGACAACGCCUUGAGUGCAGAGCCCUUUGCGCUGUUGGCGGUGAGACUUUUACCCAAGGGCCGGUGGCAGGAUCUGAGCGCGUGGCUGAGGGAUGGAGAAGAUGUCCAUCCAACAGCAUUCGAGAUGGCACACGGCGUGCCCGCUUGGGAGGCGUGGCGCAGUCCUGAGGUCAGCAGCUUGUUCAACGAGGCGAUGGCGAGCGACUCGAGUCUAAUAGCGAGGGUGGUGGUGGACACAUGUGGAGGAGUGUUCGAGGGGCUGAGCUCGGUGGUCGACGUUGGAGGCGGAACCGGGACGAUGGGUAAGGCCAUCACGGAGGCGUUCCCGCACUUGGAGUGCACGGUGUUCGAUCAGCCACACGUGGUGGACGGUUUGGUGGGAAGUGAGAGGGUGAAGUUUGUCGGAGGCAACAUGUUUGUGGAGAUACCCCCGGCGGAUGCAGUCAUUCUCAAGUGGAUAUUGCACGACUGGAGCGACGAAAAAUGCAUCGAGAUACUGAAGCGAUGCAGAGAAGCGGUGUCAUGUCAAGGCAAGGUCGGAAAAAUCAUUAUGAUAGAUAUGGUAGUUGGCAGUCAAACAGAAGAUCAUGAAUCCACCGAAACGCAACUCUUCUUUGAUAUGUUGAUGAUGGUGACCUUCAAUGCGAAGGAAAGGGAUGAAAAGGAGUGGGCAAAGCUGUUUGCUGAUGCUGGCUUUAGCGGUUAUGAGAUUGUCUCUCACCUGGGGCUUCGUUCUCUUAUUGAGAUUUAUCCUUGAUUGUACUUCUGCUGAUUUGAUUUGCUUGGUUAAUCUUUGUUCUACUUUUGCUAUUAAUUGGCAAUUGAAUGUAUUGGAACUUAUACUAAUGUUUUGUCUCUCACCUGGGGCUUCGUUCUCUUAUUGAGAUUUAUCCUUGAUUGUACUUCUGCUGAUUUGAUUUGCUUGGUUAAUCUUUGUUCUACUUUUGCUAUUAAUUGGCAAUUGAAUGUAUUGGAACUUAUACUAAUGUUUUGUCUCUCACCUGGGGCUUCGUUCUCUUAUUGAGAUUUAUCCUUGAUUGUAC